GCAAUGACAUAUCGACUUACAUCUUUGGACAGAGUGAGGGUUACCUGCUUCAACAGUGCUUGAACGGCAACCUAGCUUCUGUCUCUUCAAAGCACUUAGUUCGCUUCUUUGAUUCUAGUUAAUUUAUCACAGUUGGUUAAUUCGGCCGAUAACUUGGAGAUUACCGUCCAACGCAGUUUUUCCCCUGCGAAAUACCUACCGUAAAACAAUCGAGCGUAGUUGGCUUGCUAACUAACCUAGCUAACGCUAAGUGUGAACAACUAAUUUCUGUUUUCAGAAGGAAAAUAAGCAACCAAGCAUGACAUCUCAGGUGAGACAGAACUUCCACCAGGACUGUGAGGCUGCCAUCAACCGGCAGAUCAACCUGGAGAUGUAUGCCUCUUAUGUCUACUUGUCCAUGGCAUACUACUUUGACAGGGAUGAUCAGGCCCUCCACAACUUUGCAAAGUUUUUUCGCAAGCAGUCACAUGAGGAGCGAGAGCAUGCUGAAAAACUGAUGAAACUUCAGAACCAGAGGGGAGGAAGGAUCUUUCUGCAGGACAUCAAGAAACCUGAGCGUGAUGAGUGGGGCAGUGGUGUUGAAGCUCUGGAGUGUGCCCUGCAGCUGGAGAAGAGUGUCAACCAAUCUCUGCUGGACAUGCACAAGGUUGCCACUGACCACAAUGACCCUCAUAUGUGUGACUUCAUUGAGACUCACUACCUGGAUGAACAGGUGAAGUCCAUCAAGGAGCUGGCUGACUGGGUUACUAACCUCCGCCGCAUGGGAGCGCCCCAGAACGGCAUGGCCGAGUACUUGUUUGACAAGCACACACUGGGAGGCGAGAGCAGUUAAAGCUCACUUCUGCAGUCAUCCAUGUCCCCUUUUUCCCAGUUAAUCUAUUCCAUCCUACUCCUUUUCCUCAGGGUGCCUGGCAUUUGUUUUAAGGCAGUGGUCCCUGUUAGUGCUUUAGUUUAGGUCUUGUGCUAAAUUACCAGUUACUACUGUGUAUGCACUGCAUAUUACUACUUGUAUUCUAUCCAAAUAAAUGGCAACCUCUGGUUUCUGA